AUGAAACUGAAAGUAUAAGUAGAAGAUUUAAAAUUGAAUAUUAAUGUUGGACAGGGGUUAAAUGACUUUGUUUGGUUAGCAUUAGCUGCUGCCAAGCUAUAUGGUAAAACAAAGUAUCCUCCUGGAAAUUAUUUGCCAGCAAUUCUCAAAAUAUUUGAUUAUGUGCCUAAUCCAAGACAAAAAAUUUGCAACAUGUUCAAAGAUGAAAAAGAUAUUAAUGAUGAGAGUUAAAUUACUGUUGAAUUGUACAAACCAAAUAUGAUUUAGACUGAUGAGCAUAAAAAAUGGUUUGAAAUGGCUUUUGGAAAAGAGAGAAAUAAAAUGAAUGUAAGUUUCAAUUGGUGGACAGAUAAGCCAAAAGAUAAGAGAAAAGACAUUACUACUUCUUACUUUCUCAGACUAAAAUAUGGUCUUUACAAAGAACUUAGAAUAGAAUUUAAUCCUUCUGACUACCGCUCUCCCAUUAACGUACCUUUGGUUGAAUAAGAGCUUGGAAAUAUAAUGACUUAUAAUGCUGAAAUGAAUUUGCCUUUUGGAGAAAUUACUUUUGAAGUUAUUUAGGUUUAGAGAGAUGAAAAAACUGAGGAAGAAAAACAAACUACUGUUUAAAGCUAGAAUUUUAAAUUUGAAGUCAGUCCAAGUCCUAUUUCUCAAGAAGAAAUUCUUAAGAAAAUUAAAGAUGGAAUGAAGAUUCCUGAGCAUCUUUCCCAAUAAUUAUAAUAACAAGAAGCUGAAAUUAAAAAGGAAGCUUAAACAGGAAGCUUUUGUCCUUUUACCUUUGAUACUCUGUGGGUUGUCAUAGAGAACAAUCCUAAAGCAUAAUAAUUCUUAGAAUUCUAAGACAAGAUAAAAGAAAAGAUAAACCAAACAAUUAGCGAAAACAUGAACAAAAUCUAUGAAAUAUUUUUCUAGUACUCAAUGCUUUAUAUUUAAAAAACUGAUAAAAAAGAUGAAAUUGCUAUUCCAAUUUAAGAUGUCAUGCAUUUUUUGAAGUUUUAUGAAGUCAUGAAAGAUAGCUAAAAUGUCUUUUCCUUUAUCGAAUUCUAUGGAAUGGAUGACAAAAGAAAUAACUCACCACAAGCAUCUUUAGAUUUAUCGAAUGGUGUCAAAUUCCCAGAAUUUAUAUUUAUUAUUUUGAAAGCAACUGAAUACAUUUAGACUACCAACUUGAUGAGUGAUGGAGAAAGUUUCGAUAUGAGUUUAGAUACUUUAGUCAAAAGAAUUGUGAGCAUAGACAAUAACGAAGAUGAAUUUAAUGAAUUCUAAAAGCACAUGAAAUAUAACAUCACACUUAUGAAUUUUAUCAGAGAAAACUCUUAAAAUUUGGUUCAGAUAUUUGUAGAGAAAUUGUAGGAUUCUUUGUAAAUUGCAGAUAAGAAAUUCCACAUGCUUAAAGAAGAAGUAAAAACUUUAAUUACAGAAGCAGGAUUUAAAGGUGAUAAUUUAGACGAAAUUGUGAAUACAUGCUUUUAAGAAUUACUGGCUGAAGACAAAUAUUAAGGAUUUGAGGGUAUAUUCUUUUAUGAAUACUUACAAGUUAUGUAAUGGCUUAGUCUCGUUUUGAUUGCAGACAGUGAAGAAGAUAGAGAAUAUGAAAAUGAUAAUCCAUAGGAUGAAGUAGAAGAAGGUGUUGACAUUCUUAUAGAAAAGUUUAGAUUUUUCUUAAGUCAAUUCAAAUGA